ACGUUAGUUAACGAAAAAUUGCGAUUUGAAAUUGAAGUUUAUUGUUGAUAGUAUUUUAAGAAGUGAAUUCAAAUAAACGAAAUGUUAAUAUCAGACGGUAUUAAUCACGGGAAAUUACAAUCUAUAAUAGUGGGAGAGUUAAAGAAGGCGGGUUUAAAACAUCGUCUGAAAAAGAUUAUUUUGAAAAAUGUCAAAGAUCAUAAAACAGUGUUUGGAGCGCCUCUUGUAAAAGUCCCGUCGUGCAGUGUUAUAUGUUGUGGAAGCACUCUGAGUAUACCAAUAGUUGUGACUGAGAUGUCUUCAGUGUUGAGAGCCAACGCUCAUGUCGAAGGUCUGUUCCGUAAGGCUGGAUCACAAACACGGCAAAAAGACAUAAAGCGUUUACUGGAUGCCGGUGGUUGUGUAUCAGAAGGCCACAAUCCUAUAGAUGUAGCGAGUGUUUUGAAGCUCUACCUUCGUUGUUUACCAGAGCCUCUAAUUAGCGCAGAGGUGCAGGACCUGUUACUGAGAUGUAGAGUGACAGGAGGUGAAGAUGGACUAAAGUCUAUUUUGAACACUUUGUUGUUGUUACCAGUAUUACAUGUGCACCUUUUGCAUUAUAUCAUGGAGUUGCUACAUUUUAUUGCAUCCAAGCACAAAGACAAUCUGAUGGACGCGUCAAACCUGGCAAUAGUGUUGGCUCCCAGCGUCAUGCCUUUGCCUGCUACAGCUUCAGCCCAAAGACUAGAACACCAUGUUGCUUUAGUUAAGAUAUUUUUAGAGAACUCAAAGUACAUAGGACUUUUAUCAGAAGAUCUCAUGACCAAGCUAGAUGAUGAUUCAGAUGUUAGCCGAUCGAGACGAAAAAAAAGACGAAGUGGUUCGCUAAAUAGAAUGUUAAAUGGAUUACGUAAAAUGGUAUCUGGGAAUCCAACCACACCAGCUCCAGUCCGGGAUAAUGGGAAAACGCCAGUGCUCAGUAAAUCCGCUGCUAAAAGGAAGUUAGAGUCUUAUGAAGGUCUUUCUGUUAAAACUAAGAAAGCGAUAACAAAAGGCCUUCCUCAGAAGGAACUGUCGUUUACACCAAUGAAAAUGGGCGUUACUGAUCGGAAACGCUUACGACUUAGCUUCGUAGAUGCAAGAAGCACACCCGUCAUGAACACAGACUUCAAUUCUCAUAAAAACUCCGAAACCAGUAUAAGUAGUGAAGAUAUGUUAACAUCCUCGGAAAACUUGUUCAGUGCCCAUGACACUAUAGAUUUGUCCUCGGACAUGAAAGAAGUAGAUAAAGACUAUGUAAGAAUAUCAAAACAGGAAUAUGAAGAAAUCAAAAGCAGAGUAUCCGCUAUAGAGAAUAGACUAUCUAGAGAGUUUACUGACGUAAUUCCUAGAGUACAGCCAUUACAACAAGUCCAGAAUCACUAUGAACAAACAUUGGAAGAGGUGGCCAUGUUAAACUGUCAUGGUUCAGAGCAUUUAGCUCGGCGCCUCAGCAAAGAACUGAAGAUUAGACCAAAGGAAGAAGCCAAAAUCAUACGAUCACCGAGCGCGAGAAAAAUUGGCAAUAUAAGAAGGCGUUCGAAAGAAAAUUUAACUAAAAUUGUAAGACACAAAUCCUGGAAUGCAAUGGAUAUGUUUUACCCUUACGUCGGACUUACUCGGAGAGAAAGAACAAGCUCCGCGAAACCAGAAACAGACGGCAGACAUAUCACAGCCGACUGGGAUGUUUCAGUUUCAGAAAAUUCUGUCAAUGUCUCUAACUCUAGUCAAAAAUAUCAUCAACGUAAAAGAAUCAGUCUAGCACCAGAUUUCGGUUUAAAUAAAACUAUCGGUAAAGUUCAACCGCGUCGAUCGCUCAAUAUCUCAACCAAUAACUGGAACGAAACUGAAUCCGAAAAUUCGGCGAAUAAUACGCUCAAUUCUAAUGAAAAAAUUAGGAAACCAACUCAAAUAAAAUGUUACCAAAAUAUACGUAGUAAUCAAGUUGGAAAAGAAAGUCCGGCCAACCAGCAACAAAAAUGGCGUAACGCUGCGGCAUUCUUCAUGAAUAAAACAGGCGAACUUGAAAAAAGCGGUCAGAGUGGGAGACCUUCGGUAAACAAACUACGUCGACAAAACGCAGGAGCCGUCCUCGCUAAAGCCAAACUUUUCGAAACCAGUUCUGACAAGUCAUCCGAAGCAAACGAGAAGACCGCUCAUACAGGUUUCGCAAGAAAACCAAGAGUUACCAAUCAUGACCAAUUAAAAUCACAGAAAAUGUCAGUUCAUCCUAAAUCGAGGCUUCAGGCUUACGUAAAUAAUGACGUGCAACAAAAAUCUAAUGGGACUAUUAAAGAUUUAACAUCUAAUGUGACGAGAUAUAAAGGACCCAUUCAUCAUAAUAAAGAAGAAAUUAAUAUCCGUGUAAAUAGGAAAGUAACACCAGUUAAAAAAGUUGUUUCCCCACAGCCAACCAUUCCAUUAAAAACACCUCAAGCGCCGACCUUGAAGAAGCCCUUAUACACGCCUAGAAGUUUACGAACGCCCGCAUCAGUUAACGAACUCAGAAGAACAAAUACUCCAAUGAGAGCUGUUCACAUUUCACCGAGAAGAUCGCCACGCCAGAAGAUACAACGAACAUAUAACUGAAUUUUAUCAUCUAUAUUUAUACCCGUUUAAAAGGCUUGACGUACUUAAACUCUUUAUUAUAGAUAGGUUAAUAAUAUUUGAAUGUUUGUGAUUAAAUCAAUUUUUGUAAAUAAAUAAAAAUCUGAUAUAA